UACCACGAUGAAACAUAACGUUGGAAAAUACUGACUUGUUGAUGCAUACUCAUCCCAUUUGCCUACUACUAUUGUUGAGGAAGAGGGAGAGAAAGUUCCUGUUGAGAAUGAAGACCAUAAGUUGUCAAUCUGAAAGACAAGUCAAAAGGCAAUCAACUUUUCACUAGGAAUGUAUCAUGCCUACGGUUCCAGAUAUAGGGAAUAAGUGAGCGUGGCCAUCAGAUUUUAUUCCAUCGAUGUGGAAUUGCAUUGGACACUCCUUCCAUUUUGUGUAGGCUUAGAGAGUAGACAGACUAAAUAUUUCCAGUGAUAGCGACUAAUAUCAUAUUAUAUACCUUAAAGUUAGAUUCCAAGACGUCUGGAGCUCGUAACUCCUGAUAUCAUGAAUGCCUUCAGCACUUGGAUUGUUAGUAUAUAUAGGGCAUGCAGCUGCACUCAUUAGUUCACCCAAGUUCACAUUUCAAACUAAGUUAGCUUGCACCACUAAACCAUGUCAGAGGCACUUGCCAUAGGACAUGUUGUUGGGGAUAUUUUGGACCCAUUUGUCAAAGCAGCAUCACUAAAGGUUAUAUACAACAGCAAGGUACUAACCAAUGGGUCUGAGCUCAAGCCGUCACAAGUAGCAAAUGAACCAAGGAUUGAAAUUGCUGGGCGCGACAUGAGGAACCUUUACACUCUGGUGAUGGUGGAUCCAGACUCACCAAGUCCAAGCAACCCAACAAAAAGAGAAUACCUUCAUUGGUUGGUGACAGACAUCCCAGAAUCAACAAAUGCCAGUUAUGGAAAUGAAGUUGUCAGUUAUGAAAGCCCAAAACCAACUGCAGGAAUACAUCGCUUUGCGUUUGUACUCUUCCGUCAAUCUGUCCAGCAAACUAUAUAUGCACCAGGAUGGAGACAAAAUUUCAAUACAAGAGACUUCUCAGCACUUUAUUCUCUUGGACCUCCAGUGGCAGCAGUGUUCUUCAAUUGCCAAAGGGAGAAUGGAUGUGGAGGCAGGCGAUACAUCAGAUAAAUAUGGAAACCAUUACUGUCCAUCCUCUACAGGCAGGAAGUUUACUUAAAAUGUGAGAAGAUAAAAAAAAGGUCAAUGUUGCAAUCAGUUUAAAAAAAGGGUCCUGAUCACAAAGCAUAGUAAAUGCUGGACUUUUUCAAUGUAUUAGUUAAAAUUUUACUCUGGCGUGUAUGCACCAAGUAGGGUGCUUUCAGAAUGAAUUUACCUUACGGUUAUGCAAGUACU